AACUUUUGGCACUUAGUCAUUUUCUGUUUUUACAACACUGAAGAGUUGCAUAGCUAAACCGGUGUAAGUAAGGUUGUCAAAAAGAUGGGACUGUUAACGAUUUUAAAGAAGAUGAAGCAGAAAGAAAAGGAAGUUAGAUUACUCAUGCUAGGUUUAGAUAAUGCUGGGAAGACCACAAUUUUAAAGAAAUUCAAUGGAGAAGAUAUUGAUACUAUAUCUCCAACCCUAGGUUUUAACAUUAAAACCUUAGAACAUAGAGGGUUUAAGUUAAAUAUUUGGGAUGUUGGUGGACAGAAAUCAUUGCGAUCGUACUGGAGGAAUUAUUUUGAGAGUACGGAUGGCCUGAUCUGGGUCGUGGACUGUGCAGACAGAAUGAGACUUCAGGACUGUAAACAAGAACUCCAAUCUCUCUUAGUAGAAGAGAGAUUAGCCGGGGCAACUUUACUGGUGUUUGCAAACAAACAAGAUCUACCUGGAGCUUUGCCAGCUGAAAAAAUACGAGAGUUGUUGGAUCUGGACAGCAUUAAGACACACCAUUGGAGGAUUCUAGACUGUAGUGCUGUAACAGGUGAAAACCUCCUGAAGGGAAUAGACUGGAUAAUUGAUGAUAUCGCUUCACGGAUAUUUACCAUGGACUAGCUCAAAUUGCUUCCUCUACAUAUACAGGCAUUGUUUCAUAUAUUGCUAUACCUCUAUGUGAUAUUAACUUGCUUACUGACUAUUGUCAAAGCAUUAUGAUAUCUUUACAAAACAGUUUUCCUCUAGCUUUGUUAAGUGCAAAUCCACAGACAGUGGCCCGUUCACAAUGGAUAACAUAUGCUUUCAAGCAGCAUUGAGCUUUAAGUCAACCUCAGUAUUUAGGAAGUAUACUCAUAAGUUACAGGUCACCAUUUUACUUAUGUUGCUAUGCUAGAUUGGUUUUUUUUUUUUCCAAGUCAGAAAUCUGCCCUUGAAUCAGAAAUUCUGCUUUUAUUGGUAAUAAGUCAAUAAAUAAAAAGUAAGGAAUGUU